AUGAGCAGUUAUUCUGCUCUUGAUAAUAGCAGUCAUAGUAUUAGUUAUGGAGGCAUCGACAUUCGGGGCAUUAAUGAUAGCAAUGACAAUGAUAUCAAUCUUGAUGAUGGAAGUGGUGAUGACAGUGAUGGUUACAAUGGUAAUAAUGAUGGUGGUGACUGUGGUAAUAAUGGCAAUGGUAAUAAUGGUGAUGAUGGUGGUGAUGGAAGUAAUGGUUAUAAUGAUGAUGAGAAUGAAAGUGAUGGUGGUAAUGGUGAUGAUAAAAGUGAGGACAGCAUUGGUGGUAAUUGUGGUUAUGUAACGUAUCCCUAACAAUUGUUCCUUUUAGAAUAUCACUAUAGCGGGAAAUUUGCUAGAUUAAGCGUUAUGAGCACAUAACAAUUGGACUUGGCAGAAGCACUAGGGUGUGAGCAUGUUAUUUCAAUAGGAAAAAACAUUUAAAGUUACCUAAUGCGUCAUGACAAGAACGAUUUGUUUUGCCAUAGUUUUGGCAUAUAUUUAAACCCCAUACUCGGAACACAUGUAAAUUAUGUUGGGUGUUCCCAUUCAUAAACGGAACAGCAAUAAAAAAGGAACAAAUUGUUCCUACUUCAAUUUGGUUGUUCCGUUUCUAAUAUGUUCCGCAAAGCAGAACUGAUUGAGAAUAACUCGUAUUAGGAACACUUAAUCUGUUCCUUUUCAUGGUUCCUUUGCUUAGGAACAAAAUGUUCCGCGAAGUGGAACAUUAAUAUUCUUCGACUAGGUUAGCAAACUGGAAAAAUUUAUUAUGCACAUAUUGCUAGCUUCUGUUGUUCCAUUUUAUUGUUCCCUCUAUUUUAAUUUUGCCGUUAUUUCGCAAAAUAACACAUAAUAUAUUGCACUUGGGACUAUUUAUUUAACGUAUAAGAUUCAUACAUCGCAUAUGCACACUAAUGCGUGUCGUGUUCACUAUAAAAACCAAAGUAAUUUGAUCGCUAUAAGCAUUUUGUCCAGUUUUUUUGUUUGCACAAAGAAAAUCUAAAGUACAUUGGAAAUCAGUGGAUGGUGCGUUUACUAAACAGAGACGAUUGCAUUUGGUCAAAGACAGAGAUGGGUUAGAUCAUUGUCCAGUAACAGGCUGCGAGCAUCCAGGAUUUGCAAGUCAAAGAGGUUGUCGUAAACAUGUGAAAAUAAAACAUGGUUGGUAUUACUAUUUCGACGAGAAGCCCAAUGUAUCGAUCGACCUUUUCGACACUUCACCGUCUGCUGCGAAUGGAACUAAUGAAAAAGCUUCGAGAACAGUUCCUGGCUGCUUUACAGAUAACUAA